AGCUCCGCCCUCCUCAUCCAUAAACAUGAGCCGAGCGCUGCUGCGUGCCCCUGCGCGAUGACGCAACGCGACAACUGCGGGUCCCGAUUGCUGCAGCCGCUUGUCAGUGUGACGAAGAUUGGCACUCAGGUCGGGCCCUGGUCCUGCUGUCUAGGAUGAGCCGCGGUCUGCAGGUUCUGCAGUGAACGUGAUGGCGGCCCAGUCAGUGUCCCUUGACAAGUACCCGAAGGAGGAGCAUCAGAUGCAGGGCGGGGUAAAGGACGACAGCGACUCGGAGCACACCUUCAUCGGGGGGCCGUUGGCAGAAAUGCCGAGCCCGGGCCACACGGAGCUGAAGAACCCCAUGGAUGCAGACAAGGCAUCGAUCUACCGGCAUCCUCUGUUCCCUCUGCUGGCGCUGCUGUUCGAGAAGUGUGAGCAGUCCACGCUGAGCGCCGACUGCAUCACCUCCGCCAGCUUCGACGUGGACAUCGAGAACUUCGUCCGCAGUCAGGAGAAGGAGGGCCGGCCCUUUUUCAGCGAGGACCCUGAACUCGACAACUUGAUGGUGAAAGCCAUCCAGGUGCUCCGGAUCCACCUGCUGGAGCUGGAGAAGGUGAGCGACCUGUGCAAGGACUUCUGCAGCCGCUACAUCGCCUGCCUCAAGACCAAGAUGAACAGCGAGACGCUGCUGAGCGGCGAGCCCGGCAGCCCCUACUCGCCCGUGCAGGGUCAGGCGCAGGCCUUCUCCCCCACCAAGACUCAGACCCCCAGCUCCAUGUCCGGGGCCAUCAGUCCCCAGGGUCAGAUCGUGGUCCCGGCCUCCACCCUGCAGCAGGGCAAUGUCACCGUGACCGCCGUCAACCCCAACCAGAUGGUGGCAGGAGGGGCCGUGUACCAGCCCGUCACCGUGGUUACCCCCCAGGGUCAGGUGGUGACCCAGACUCUCUCACCGGGAACCAUCCGCGUCCAGAACAAUCAGUUUCAGCUGCAGUUCCACCAGGAUGUGAACCUGUUCAAUCACGACGACAACUCCACCAAGAAUAAACGCGGCGUCCUUCCCAAACACGCCACCAACGUCAUGCGCUCCUGGCUCUUCCAGCACAUCGGGCACCCAUAUCCAACAGAGGACGAGAAGAAGCAGAUCGCCACGCAGACCAACCUGACACUCCUGCAAGUCAACAACUGGUUCAUCAACGCUCGUAGGCGGAUCCUGCAGCCCAUGCUGGACGCCAGCGCCUCAGAGGCGCCAAAAUCCAAGAAGAAGACGCCGCAGAACCGGCCACUGCAGCGCUUCUGGCCCGACUCCAUUGCAGCUGGGGGGGGCUCCCACCAGCAGGUCACCAUGCCAGACGGAACCAUGGUGACCAUGAACAUGGAGGGUCUGCAGAGCCUGACGUCGGACGGAGCCACGCUGGCGGUGCAGCAGGUGAUGCUGGGGGGCCACAGCGAGGACGAGUCGGGGGACAGCGAGGACGAUGACGGCGACAUGGCCGGGCUGGGCCUGGACAACAGCGACUCGUUGCAGUAGAGGACGCGCUCCGCGGCACGCCGACACGUGAGCGCGUGGACUCACGCAGGCGCUCCAGGUCCCUGCAGAGCACAAGGGCGGGUGGCGCCACCACUGGGCGUCCCGCCCCUCCACCCUGGACCGAGCGCCUGCUCCGGCGGCGUGACUUCACAAACUGCCCCCCCCCGGUUUGAACAUGUAGGCGAGUGCACUUUUCUGUAUAUUUAAGCUCCAGAAGAAGAAGCGACGUGUUAAAACACCAGAGGCAGAUGGGUCUGCUCCGUUAAUCAAUAUUGUUUAGUUCUGCUCGUCUUGUCGGGUCCUGAGCCCACGUUGGAUGCCGGGCCGGGACCCGUUUGUGUACCGUUUGUCUUCACUUCCUGCAUGCUUGUGUUUGGUAGAUGUGGGCGGGGCUAUCAGAGCCACAAACGCGUCAGAGGCUUAUUUUUCUACAGACGUGGGUGCUCGGUUCAUCUGUGGUUUGUAUUUCCGUAGUGAACCUGGUGGAAGCUCCGCCCUGUUUUCCAGGGCUCUCAAGUUUUCUAAAAAGAGUCGACGCUCUCGCUCUCAGAAUCGGUUUGAAACGCACGAUGCUAACAAGGCCUUACUGCUGUUUUCUAAAGAGUUUUUGCCAAGAAGCACAAGGUCUGUGGGUGGAAUUGGUCGCAGAGACACUAAACUCCUGAUGGAACGUUGUGGAGGCGGACGCCGCCGCGGACGCCGCCGCAGCCUCCCGAUCAGCCACACCGUCACGCACAAUCACAACACUAAGCACACGCCCACAAUGCUGGACCGGCUUUUAUUUCUGGACACGGACUGUGCUGCAGGAGACCAUCCCGUCCCUGCAGACUCGUGCUGAAGCGUUGGAUCUGUGGGCCCCAAGCGGGCCGGUCCGGGGACAGUGGUGGUUCUGGCGCCGCCUGCUCUCCACUUUGGAUCUGUGUUGCUUUGUAUGGAGUGAUGUUCACCUUUUUGUCUGUUUUGCCUUAGAGCUUUCUAUUUUGGAAUAAACGAUGCCUAACUCUGC